AUCUUCUUCUCUCUUGCUCUAGCUCUCUAAUGAUGGAACUCCUCUCCCUCCCCACCCUCCUUUUCCUCUUCCUCCUCUCCUUCUACCUCUCCAUCUACUUCCUCCUCCCCAAACCACCCAAACCCACCACACCUCCUCCCAAAGGCUUCAAACAAUACCCGGUCAUCGGACACCUGCCGGACUUCCUCCACAACCGCCACCGUUUCCUCGACUGGACGACGGAAUUGCUGGCGGGCAGCCCGAACAACACGGCCGUCUUCCGUCGCCCAAACGCGGACGGUGUGAUGACGGCCAACCCGUUAGUCGUGGAGCACAUGCUCAAGACCAACUUCGAAAACUACCCGAAGGGGAUACAUUUCCUGUCGAUUCUGGGGGAUUUUCUCGGCCAGGGGAUUUUCAAUGCCGAUGGGGAAAACUGGAAGCACCAGCGGAAAACGGCGAGCUACGAAUUCAAUACCAAGUCACUCCGCAGCUUCGUUAUGGAGAGUGUCAAGUCUGAGGUGGAAGCCAGGUUGAUUCCAAUCCUACAAAGAGCUGCAGCGGCAUCCGGAACUACUAACCGCAUUCUGGACAUGCAAGAUGUUCUCGAAAGGUUCGCGUUUGACAACAUAUGUAAGGUGGCUUUCAAUGUCGAUCCCGGGUGUCUCGGGGGAGACGCCACCGCCGGCACGGAGUUCAUGCAGGCGUUUGAAGAGGCGGCCAACCUCAGCUCCGGCAGGUUUUUUUACGCGGUGCCAUUUUUCUACAGAAUCAAGAGGUACUUCAACCUAGGCUCCGAACGCAGGUUAAUGAAGUCGAUAGCAACGGUACACGAAUUCGCAGAUAACAUCAUAAGAAAAAGACUCGAAGAGAAAAGUGCAAACACAGAGGAAGACUUGCUUUCGAGGUUCAUCGGAAGCACAGAGGAUCACUCGCCUGAGUUUCUCCGCGACAUCGUCAUAAGCAUCAUUCUUGCCGGACGGGACACCACCUCGUCCGCUCUCACGUCUUUCUUCUGGGUCGUAUCGUCCCGGCCAGACAUCACAAAUAACAUACUACAAGAGCUCAAAUCUAUCAGGGCCCGUAACGCGAAACACGUCGGCGGGCCAUACAGCUUCGACGAGCUACGCGAAAUGCAUUACCUCCACGCAGCGAUUUCGGAGGCACUGCGGCUGUACCCACCGGUGGCGAUCGACUCCAAGUUGUCCCUCAACGACGACGUGUUGCCUGACGGCACAAUGCUCAAAAAGGGUUGGUUCCUGACGUACAGCUCGUACGCGAUGGGUAGGAUGGAGAGCAUAUGGGGAAAAGACUGUCGCGAGUUCAAGCCCGAGAGGUGGCUGGAGAACGGGGUGUGCAAGCAGGAGACGCCGUUCCGGUUCCCGGCUUUCCACGCGGGGCCGAGGAUAUGCCUGGGGAGGGAGAUGGCGUACAUCCAGAUGAAGUCGAUCGCCGCGGUGGUGGUCGAGAGGUUCGAGCUCGACGUGCUGAACAGAGGGGAGUGUCCGGAGCACAUGUUGUCUUUGACUAUUAGGAUGAAAGGCGGGUUGCCUGUGUUGGUUAAGGAAAAAAACUGAUCUCCAUGAGCUUUUGAGGCACCGCCACAAUUAUGUUAUGUGAUGUCUCCAUGUCAUUUAUGGUCAUGCGAUUACGUGAAAUCCAUAACUGAAUGUAUUAACCUCCAACGAAUGUUUAGUCAAAUAGAGUGUUAUGGUACCAUGUGAUGGUGUCCGAGACCAAUGAAUAAUGAUUAUUAUGCGUU